AUGGGAAAUCAACUGGAUCGAUUCGCCCAUCUGAACUACAGCGAGCUGCCCACGGGGGAUCCAUCGGGGAUAGAGAAGGACGAGCUGCGGGUCGGAGUGGCUUAUUUCUUCUCGGAUGAAGAGGAGGAUCUGGAUGACAGAUCGCUGUCGGAAAACAGAGAUCGGAGCCCAGGCAGCGACGGUCACCUAGUUCUGAACGAGACGGAGUACUCAGCUUUCUGCUUCCAGGAAUGUAUAUUCUCGAAAUUACGGGAAAACGAAGACUUGAAUAUUCACUCUGUGAAAACUUUGCUUACCAUGUGCAAACCCGGGGACCUGCUGGAGCUUGUGCAUGUCUCCAAAGACAAGCCGCCGCACUGGGUGAUUUACGAAAAGAACGACCAGAUUAUCCAUUUGCACAAUGGGGAGAUUCGCAAAGACAGCCUUUUUGAGAUCAGCAACGGCCGGCUGGGCAGGAUUGUGAACAACCGUUACAGGUAUCGACCGCUCCCAGCCGACCUGGUGAUGCAAAACGCCUGUGGCCAUUUAGGACUGAGCGGCGGGGAGAUUUGCUGGACAAACUCUGAAAGUUUUGCUGCCUGGUGCAGAUUCGGGAAACGGGAGUUCAAAGCCGGAGGGGAGGUACACAACCGUGAACUGCAGUAUUUUCUUAAGAUUCAUCUCUCGGAGAAUAAUGUGCGCACAUUGAUGUUUCGCAGUCUGGAGGAGAUGAUAAGGGAGAGACGCAGAGUGGACGCCAGUGAGAAGUUCAGACUGCUGAAUGAACUCCGCUUAGAGAAUGUGGAAGACCAGGAGUGA